UAGACCUCCCGCUUUGCCUUCCUUAUUAGUUAUUACACAUCUCGAAUCCCUCUCCCACCAUCACUCUCUUCUAGCUCUCUUUUCCAUAUGAAAAAAGAGAGCUGAGCAAGCUAGUUGCUAAUCAUCUUGUUCUGCAACACCCCCUACCUCUGUUUUGAUCUGCUUUUCUUUAUGGCUCUUCUCACUAUCCAACCAGAGGCCACAGAGCCCAAGAAGAAGAAGAAACAAGUCCAACCACAACCACAACCACCACCAAAACGCAGCCACCAGAGGCAGCACUCCUCUAGAAAGCAGCAGCCACCUCCACAAAAGCCACCAUCCAGCUCUACAUGGGAUCACUUCAAGAACCUCCUGACCUGCAAACAGAUCGAGGGUUCGAGAGUUCACGACCCUUCUAAGAAUGCCGUCGGCUACUCCAAGCUCGGGUCCUCCUGCAGUUCCAUAUGCAGCUUCAAAGACGUUGCUCACGGAAAUACGACCAGCCGGGUAGUUCACAGAGCCGAUAACUCGCCGGACAGUAGCUCGCUUGGUCAAGAAACCGGGCUGCUGAGCCGGAAAGUUGCGACGCGGUCAGAGUCAGGGUCAGCUUCCAGAUCCAACCGCGGUGGUGGUGCUGGUUAUACGUCAUCUAAUUCGUCUAGGGGGAUGCAAUUCCGGAAGCUAUCCGGGUGUUACGAGUGCCAUUACAUCGUUGACCCCGGCAGGUACCCAGUUCCAAGGUCUACUAUCUGCUCUUGCCCUCAGUGCGGAGAAAUCUUCCCCAAAUUGGAGAGUCUGGAACUUCACCAAUCGAUUCGCCAUGCUGUGUCGGAACUUAGCGUGGAAGAUUCCGGCAGAAACAUCGUGGAGAUAAUAUUUAAAUCGAGCUGGCUGAAGAAGGACAGUCCCAUUUGCAGAAUCGAACGGAUACUCAAGGUCCAGAACACGCAGAGGACAAUCCAACGCUUCGAGGACUGCCGCGACGCCGUCAAAAACCGCGCCCUAAUCAGCACAAGAAAGAAUCCCCGGUGCGCCGCCGACGGCAACGAGCUGCUGAGGUUCCACUGCACCAGCAUCUCCUGCACGCUCGGAGCGCGUGGCUCAACAAACCUCUGCGGCUCCGUCCCGGGCUGCGGGGUCUGCACCACCAUCCGGCACGGCUUCCAAGGCGGCGGCGGAGGAGGAGAACUACUUGGCAGCAAGGGAGUGCGGACCACGGCCAGCAGCGGUAGGGCCCACGACUCCUUGCGUUGUACGGACGGGCGUAGGGCCAUGCUGGUUUGCCGCGUCAUUGCCGGCAGGGUGAGGCGCAUUGCGGAAGAUGCGGCGGCGGAGGAGGAGGCAGCCACGGCAUCAGCUGGUGGGACGUACGAUUCCGUCGCCGGAUAUGCCGGAGUUUACUCAAAUCUCGAGGAGCUGGUUGUGUUUAAUCCGAGGGCGAUACUCCCAUGCUUCGUAGUCAUUUACAAAGCUCUAGACUCUUAAUUAGCUCGUUCCCAGCUGCUAAAUUACCAUGUAUUCAUUUCAAUACAAGAUAGGAUUUUCCAUCCCACCAAAAAAUGAAAAAUCCUAUAUUGUAUUUCAUUGUUUAAGUGCCAGUAGCAUAAUUAAUCUAAAUUAAUUUCAUUGUG